AUGUUCCCUGCGGCAAAACACGUAGAGACUCCUCUCCCUUUAAAGCAGAUGUUUGCCCUCGCAGUGGUGUUACUCAACGAAAGUUUUAGCUCCACCAUGCUCCUCCCAUAUGUGGGGCUACUCAUCGCCCAUCUUAGGAACCGACCAGCCGAAGAAUCGGGUUACCUCUCUGGGCUAAUGAUUGGUGUAUUUAUGUUUGGGCAGGUUGUGAGCGGGAAGUAUUGGGGGUACCUGAGUGACAAGUACGGUCGUCGCACACCUCUUCUUGUUGGUCUUCUGAGCAGUGGCUUUAUGAUGCUUGGGUUUGGUCUUGGGAAAACAGUAUGGAUGUGUAUUCUGUUCCGCUUCUUGCAUGGUCUUUUUAAUGGCAACGUUCUUGUGGCUAAGACAGUGCUUGCUGAUAUUUUGGACGAAACAAAUCAGGCGAAGGGAUUUACUUUGGUCAGCCUGACGUACGGCUUUGGAACUCUCAUUGGCCCCGCGGUGGGUGGCGUCCUCUACGACCCAGCAAACAGUAAUAUGAUGCAAUGGGCCGGAUUUAGCAAAGAAGGCAUCUUUUCUCGCUUUCCGGGCUUACUUCCAGCAGUUGUGCUUUGUCUUUACAUUAACCUGGGCGUGUUUGUGUGCAUUGUGUUUCUGAAGGAAUCCAACCCGAAAGCCCAACCACUGCCACGGUGGUUAGCUGUUUUGAUUCCGUGCUUUCGGGAAGCAAAGGAACCCGAAUUAACUUCGAGUGACACCACGGAUGUUGUUUUUGAGAAGAUGGCGGAUCUCAACGACUUCCAGGAGGACAAUAAGAGCACGAAGAAGACCGAAGAGCCGAUGGUAAUGAAAAGAUCAUUUCAUGGGGAUAUGCGUCUGGGUUUGGAGCGAACAGAACUCGGAGAAAGAGGUUAUAAACUGUCCAUUAUGGAUGAUAUGGAGGAGUUGGAAAUGGAUUUCGAGGAGGACGGGGGAAAAAUGCAAGAAGAAGAAGAUCAUGAUGCUGUGAGGGAUCCCGAGGGUGUGGAGCCAUUUGGAUACAAGGAGGCUUUUCUACUCCCCAUUACAAGAAAUGUUUUGGUUCUUUACAUGCUCCUUUCCGCCGCUGAUAUGGCAUACGGGGAAACAUUCCCAUUAUGGGCCAUUGCCAACAAUUCCGUUGGCGGACUUGAGUACAGCUCUGGUAUUGUGGGUUUGUUUCUCUUGUCAAACAGUUUGCCAUGUGUUGGGGCAAACCUUCUUUUUCACAUUGCUUGUCGUGUAGCCGAAGAUAAAAUGGUUCUUUGGCAAAUAUCAAUGUACGCCAUGGCUUUUGGUGUGGGUUUGGUUCCCUUUGCCGCCUAUAUUCCACCUGUUGGACAAUUCAUCAUGAUAUUUAUAUGUGGCUUUUUGCGGCAGUGGUUUGCUGCCUGGGCGUAUGGCCUGAUCACGCUUUUUACCGCCCGUGUUGCUCCCCCUGCUUGUCUGGGGACUAUGUAUGGCAUUAGCCAAUCAUGUGGCGCAGCGAUGCGGUGUGUUAUUCCAAUUGUGGCUACGCCAAUAUUUGCGUGGUCCAUAUCCGGAGGUCACUCUCCACCGUUUAAUCACAUGUUUGUGUUUCUCAUAGCAGCAACCGUAUUUGUUGUUGCGGCCGUUAUUUCAUUUGGCUUCAACAUGGUGAUACAUUUUGCCAAAGAAAUUGUCGUGGAGGAAUCUGUCCUCCAUGAUUCGGGCGAAGAAGCCACUCCCACCACUGAGCAUCGCGAGUAG